UACACACACACACACACACACACACACACACACUCAUAUGUGGAAACAGAGUAAAAGUUAAGACGUGGUCCUCUCCAUGUGCACCUGUGUACUUCAGUGACUCACAGCUGCUGCUGAGAAACCUGCAGAGUGAGGAGUGUGAGCUGUUGGACUGCACUGUCUCCUGUUGGACUGCACUGUCUCCUGCUUGACUGCACUGUCUCCUGCUUGACUGCACUGUCUCCUGCUGGUCUGCAGCAGUCCGCCUGCUUUCAGGAAGGAAACCGGAGCUCUGGAAAGAUAUCGCACAAACCCAAGCUCCUGGAACGACACGCACCCGGAACUGCUGUUCCUUCUCCUAGACCUGUUAUAAUAACAUCAGUUUACACACGUGUUCACAGUGCAGAGUCAGUGGGAAGAGAAGUCUCUAAACUUCGGCGUAAUAAAAUGUCAGGUGUACAAGUUCCUGAACUCGAUCUGAGAGAAGUGGACAUAUGCGACGGGGACCUGGAGUCCGACGAGGAAAGCGGAGUUUUCGAAAACUCGGUCGGGGUUUCAUUAAGAACGCGUCCUGGAGUAGAAGAUCUACAGGUACACUCAGGUCGCACUGACGGAGCGCGGAACAGUUUCUCUCCUGAAAAGUCGGUGGUUUGUGACGAUGCAGAACGGAGUGUCUGUGUGGAGCCGCUGUGCCAGGAAGCCUGGACACGUUGUGAGGAAGACGAUGGCAGGUCCUGGUGUCGGUCAUCCAUUGUGGACUGUCUUCUUGUGGAGCUUUAUGACACAUACAGCGGCGGGAAGGGCCUCAGGAGUGCAGACAGUCUGGACAGUUCGACCGAGGCCUCAGGAUCAGACGCGUUUUUGGGAAGAAGCAACACAGCGUCCAGCUUUCUGCAAGAACUUCAAGAGAAACACACCAAAAGACACCAAAGGAAUUAUCUCGCUCAGAAAGAUCCAGAGGAGCUGAAGAGCAUCAUUCAGGAGGUUAAAUAUCGUAUCGGAAUUCAGUCAGCUAAACUAGUGCGACAGCUGAAAAGGAAAGACAGACUGCAAAACAAACAGCAGAAGAAAUCUGACAUUGUCACCGCCUGCCUGCAAGCUGUUUCCCCGAAAAGAAGAGUGGAUACCAGGCUGAAGUUUACUCUAGAACCAUCUCUUGGCAAGAAUGGAUUUCAACAGUGGUAUGAUGCCCUCAAGGCAGUGGCUAGGCUUCCAACUGGAAUUCCCAAAGAGUGGAGGAAGAGGGUAUGGUUGACCUUAGCUGAUCAGUACCUCCACAGCAUCUCCAUAGACUGGGAGAAGACUAUGAGAUUUGCGUUCAAUGAUCGCAGCAAUCCAGAUGAUGACUCUCUGGGGAUCCAGAUAGUAAAAGACCUGCACAGAACAGGAUGCAGUUCUUACUGCGGCCAGGAGGCUGAACAGGACCGUGUGGUACUGAAGAGGGUGUUACUGGCUUAUGCCCGCUGGAACAAGACUGUGGGUUACUGCCAGGGCUUCAACGUGUUGGCUGCCCUUAUCCUUGAGGUCACAGAGGGCAAUGAAGGCGAUGCUUUAAAGGUGAUGAUUUAUCUAAUUGAUAAGGUGCUUCCUGAGAGCUACUUUGCCAACAACCUGCGUGCUCUGUCUGUGGACAUGGCUGUAUUCAGGGAUUUGCUCAGGCUUAAACUUCCAGAGCUCUCUCAACAUCUUCACCACUUACAGAAAGUAGCCAAUCGGACAGGAGGAGGAAGCUAUGAGCCUCCACUCACCAACGUGUUCACUAUGCAGUGGUUUCUUACCAUGUUUGCCACCUGCCUGCCUCACCACACCGUGCUGAAGAUCUGGGACUCGGUUUUCUUUGAGGGAUCAGAAGUACUGCUACGUGUUGCCUUAGCAAUUUGGUCUAAGCUGGCAGAGAGGAUUGAAGAGUGCCAGACUGCUGAUGAAUUUUACAGCACUAUGGGCUGUCUGACUCAAGAGAUGCUGGAGGACAACUUAAUCGACUCCAAUGAACUCAUGCAGACGGUGUACUCCAUGGCCACCUUUCCUUUUCCCCAGCUGGCUGAGCUGAGGGAGAAAUACACUUACAAUAUCACUCCAUUCCCUGCUGCAGUCAAGGCCAUUGGCAGCCAGGGGCUCCAUGGAUGGGAAAGUGAUGAUGAUGGAGACCUGGAUGAUGAAGACUCUAUAGUUACUGCUCUAGGAUGUUUGGGGCCACUAGGUGGGCUCCUGGCCCCUGAGAUUCAGAGAUACCAAAAGCACUUAAAAGACCAGCGAGGUGAGCUGAGCUCUCCUUGCAGCAGUAUGGCUGAGUUGAGCCCAGGAGCGGUAGGGGCCGGCCGGGCAGAGCACCACGCUACCAUCAACAGCAUGAUGAUGGAGCGCAUGAGUACGGACAUCAGAGCACUCACUAAGCAGUAUUACCGCAUCAAGAGAAGGCAGCAGAAGCAGGCCAACCUGCUCUACAUUCACACAGGACUGCCAGUGGAAGCUGAACCUGUUACACCUCAUCAGCCCAGUAAAUGGGCAAGUCUUGACACUGAUAAAUGUCCAGCCACCGGCAUCUUUGCCUCCCAAAUUCACUCUUCACCUGUGGUCAAUCAUCUUCUCGUGGGAAAGAAGGCCACAGGUGCUCAGAAUGCAUGUAAAAAUGGUAUAGCCCAGGAGCUCGGAGGUCCUACAGGGUUACUUCCCCAAGCCCAGUCCACCCCUACCCAGGAUCACAGUCUUCAUUCCCCCUGGCAUGCUCAUGUUUGUGCUCAUCGCAGGAAUUUGGCCCGGGCCCGGGCUCAGCUGGGCUUUGAUGAUUCGGAGGAGCUCAAUAAUAACACCAACCCUGAGAAAGCAAAGAGAGAAGAGGAAAAGGAGAAGAUGAAGGAAACGGGAGAUCAAGAGAAGGAGAGGAAAGAUAACCAUGAAAGCCAGGAGAAAGUAGAUGUGCCAAUGCAGGAGCCAGUGCAAGGGAUUGUGGAGGAGGCCGACUCAGGAACUCAGCUUCAGGAUACUGGCUGCAGUGAAGAGAUAAAGGAAAUGGAACAGCAGCUAUCCACCCUAGACCUGGAUUCAUCAGUACAAGAUCCUUCAGAGUUGAAUGAUUCAGAAACGCCUGCUCCGCUUUCAGAGCCAGAGCAGGAAAAUAAUCCAGAGCCACAACCCAAACCAAAUGUACAGCCAUAUGUCUCAGCAGUGGCAAGCUCCAGUCGCCACGAUUCUUCCAGCUCAGAGAGCACAGCUUGCUCGUUCAGGCAGAGCUCUUCUGUAGCAUCUACUCCAGAAAUUCUUCCCAAACCACAGCAGAUCUUCUCCCCUUUCCCCUGCGUUAAAGCGCCCCGCAAAUCCAUAGCAGCACGUAACCUGGGCCUCUAUGGCCCUACCUCCAGAACUCCCAAUGUGCACUUUCCACACAUGAGCAAAACCAUGAACCGAUUGGGUGCUGGCGUCCACUAGGCGUCGGUGAUUAGCAGCUUCACUUGUUCUUCACCUCAGCUCUGAAUCUGAGCCUUUGAAAUAUGCUUGCUCUUUCAGUACAUAUAGAAGCUAUAGCAGUAUACAGCACAGAAGCCACUGAGAUAUUGUACACAGUGGUAUAGAUAGAAAUGAAGGAAUCUCCUAGAUAGUUAAGUUUAUCUUGAAUGUGUUGAACUUUUUUUUUUCUUCAUUUUUCUUUUUUGUAUUCCAACAAAAGAGCCAAACAGGUUAUUCUUUUCUAGUGUUUAUAAUUGCUGGAGAAUGUGAAGAAGCCAUGAAAUAAUUCUGCUGCAUGUCUGACCUUUGGCUUUUGCCAUAAAUGUAUUGGAUAUGAUUAUGUAUUUGUCAUAUAUAGAUCUAGAAAGAUAUAGAUCUAGAAAUUCUAAUAUUUAAAAAAAAUAUAUAUAUACAGCUUAUUUAUUUACUGGUAAAAAUGCCCUAUAUUUCCCUAUAUUUCAUCAUCAUGAAUCUUACUCAUUCCAAACAUUUGGCUUUGUUUUCAGUUGUCAUCAAUUUCACUUCAUUAGUUUGUUCAUGCCAUCACAACAAUUGUGGUCAUUUCAGUUUACGAACAGAAAUAAUAGUUUUUGCUUUUUAUUUCAUAGCUUAUUCUUUAAACUUUUUGAACUGCACACAUAAUAUACUAGAUAUGACUAAUAGAAAUGAAUAGAUCAUGAAAUAUUUGCUUUGAUGUUGAUUUAUUUUUUUCCAUUGCACCAGAUCAUUGAUCCACAUCUGUACAUCAAUAAAAAAAAUUAUACAUGUAUAAAAGAUGACCUGAGAGUUCAUUUGUAACUGUUUUGUUUUCGGUCAUAAAACAAUAAACUGUUAUGUUAAUUAGUCAUGUUGCCACCUUCAGGGCUACUAAAUAUGUUCUAAUCAUGUUCAUGUGGGGUUUAUUUUUCUCUGGGUUCUCUAGUUUUUCUAAAUAAUUCUAGUAGAUGGAUUGACAGGUUUAAUUUGGAUUUCGAUGUAAAUGAAUGUGUGCAUGGCACUUUGAGUCUGGCAUCCUACAUGUUUCCAGUAUAGUCUGUGGAUCCAUUGGAACAGAAUAAAGAAUAACAGGAUGAUAAUGAA